CUCCGGCGAGAUCCGUGCAUUAGGGCACGGAGAAAAUGGCGAGAUCGGAGCUCGUGGCCUCUUUGCUCCUCCCCUCCUUUUGCUGCUGCUUCUUCCUCCUCUUUGCCUCGUUGGUCGCUGCAUCGGAAUCCGACGCGCCGUUCCUGAUCGUUCACAAGAAAGUCGAUCUCUCGAGGCUCAAAUCCGGCGCCGAGCGACUCUCCGUCUCCAUCGAUGUCUACAAUGAAGGAACUGCGACUGCAUAUGAUGUAAGCCUUAGCGAUGAUAGCUGGACAACAGACCUCUUUGAACUCGUGACUGGUAGCACCUCCAAAUCAUGGGAACGCCUUGAUGCUGGUGCAUCUCUUUCACAUUCCUUCAUUCUGGAGUCAAAAAAGAAAGGAAGCUUCCACGGUUCUUCAGCAGUGGUUAAAUUCCGUAUACCUUCAAAAGCAGCACUGCAGGAGGCCUACUCAACCCCCAUCCUGCCCUUGGACAUCCUGGCAGAGCGCCCCCCUGAAAAGAAAUUUGAAUGGGCCAAGAAACUGUUAGCCAAAUAUGGGCCGCUGCUGUCAGUCCUCUCGAUUGUCGGAUUAUUUGUUUACUUGGUUGCCAGCCCGUCAAAAUCUGGUGCAGCAAAAUCAAGCAAGAAAAAACGUUGAUCAUUGGGGGCCGUUGCUUGGUAACAGACUGUUCAGUACGAUAGGACACCAUAGACAGAUAGACUAGACCUUGGUGGAAACCUUUUGUUCUUUAGCUCUCAUUUUAUUCUGAAAAUUAGAAUCAUGUGCUGCAGCUAAAGCCAACUUUAGGCUGUAACUGUGGAACCUGUAACAAAAGAAAUUUUGGCAUACGAUUUGCUGUUGAGUCUUUUGGCACCUAAUGUUCAUUUUCAUUUUUAUUA